UCAAAAAUAAGGUUGUUUUUUAAAAAGAAAGUAGAGGCAAACUAAAUUUAUAGCAAAAGUUGUCCAACCAAUCAAUCAACCAUACAAUCAACUAACAACAAUUCGUUCAUUUUUUUUAUGUUUAAUCAAUAAAAUUUAAAUACUGUUUUUCAGUAAAUAUCUAUACCAAAUGUAAUUGAGAAGGGACCACGAUUAUCUCAAGCUUAAACAUUCUUAGAUUAAAAAGAUUUAAUAACUGAAUAGUCGUUAGAUCGACUCACAGUAAAAUGCAGUUAAUCGCAACUUAAUUAUGACACUCCCUCUCCUUAAUAAAAGUCUUAAUAGAACACUUACAAAAGUUAGGAAGGGCUAGCUCGAUCAAACGAUGACAUGCUAAACAUUAUCAGCUCAGACCCAGCUGCAUCUUCAAAUAAUUUUAAAUAGAAUUUAGCAAUAAUAAAAAAUCCAAACUUAAGUAACCCUUAAGCGCUGUACUUAGGAUCUGAUUGCUUUAUUGAAAACAUAUAAAGAAGUUACCCUUACUCAGGUCCUUAAUCGCUUGAGUCUUCAUCAGCAGCAGUUGUCCAUUUGCCUAAUACUAAUACUGCUACUUUGACAAAUAUGAAUUAAAAAUAUAUCUUACCAUUUAAUGGAACUCAACAACUACAUUAUGGAUAAUAAAUAAGCAAUAUUAGGCCUAACUUUUAGUUAAAUCUUAACUAAGUAUAAAUGUAAUAGCAAUUAAUUGGUAAUCAAUCUAAUUUUAAAAAUUUUUAAUAAAAUGAUGUGAACUUCAAUGCUCCUAAAGAAAAUUAUUCUAUGGUGCAAUAGUUUGGUAUUCCUCCAGUAGUAAAUUAUAACUCGUAAUAGUUACAAUAGUAUUAAGCUAUAAAGCAACCUAUGGUUGGUUAAAAUUUCUAUGACAUAAGCAAACAAAUCCAAAAUUAAAACUCAAAUUAGUCAUCACCAAUAAAAUUUUUAGUUACUCCAAUACAGUAACAAUUAAAUUUAUAGAAUCAAGUAUUUAAUUAAGAUAUUCAAAAUAAUAAUAACAAUAGAUAGCAUUCACCUAAUUUUUUACAUAAAUAGCUAUUCAAUGGAUAUUAGGGUAAUUUCAUUUAAACAAAUUUAGUGGCUACUCCUAGUAAAGAUGGAAAUUCUAACAUUUAUGAAAAUAACAGCAGGAAUGUGUCACCUGAUAACUAAAUUAAUAAUAUCCAUGCUCUCAAUAAUAAAUUAUAACCUAAUUUAUCUCUUAUUAGUGCAUUAAACAAAGAUACUCAAUAAAAUGCAAACAUCAAUUAUAUUUAGAACUAAAAUCCAAAUUCAAAUACUUAAAAUAUUAACAAAUUCCAAGUUUACAAUCUGUAGAAUGUUUAAAAGAAGUUGAAUUAAAAAACCUAAAACUAGCAAUAGUAAUUAGCUCCAUACACUAUCACUUUUGGAAGUUCAAACAACCUUAAUACAGUUUAGUCAAACAAUAAUAAUUCUUCUACAAUGUACCAAUUACUUUAACCAUAUCAAAUUACUAAUCAAAGCAAUAAUAGCUAAUUAAAUGAACUCUCAAACGCUUCAAAGGGUUCUUCGUAAAUUGAAAGUCAGAAUUAUAGAACUCAUGAAACAAAUAAAUAGCAUAAUAACUAAAUUCCUUCAAAUGUAGAGUUUAAUUGCAUGCUCUCUGCUAAAAGUCAGCUCUCUUAAUUCCCUUAACUAUUAACUCCUUAUGCUUAAAAUUAAUAGUAAAUUAAUAAUAUCUCUAUGUAGUAGCAGGGAGUUACAGAUGUAUAGAACUAAUCUUAAAACAAUUAAUCAAAAGAAUCUUAUCAAUAGAAUAUUAAAAAUUAGCUUAAGCCAUAAAAUGAGCAGCAAUAUCACUUUUACCCUAUUUCUAUGUAGAGGAGAGGUAGUUAAUCUUAAUAUGUGUCUCCUAAAGAAUCAAAUUCUACUGCUCUUACUUCACCUAUUGAUAUUUAAGUCAGAUAAAAUAAACUCGGCUCUUGUCUUUAAGGUGAGAGUAAUCAUACUACAAUGAGAAUAUGUGAAAUCUCUUCGACUAUGAAUCCUUUAUAAAUUCCGUCAGAAAAUACUAGCUAAAGAGAUGAAAAUAUUAUAUUAAAUUAACAUGCUCAAAACAGUUCAUACUAAACUUAAGAUAAAUAUAUAUUUUAAAAUAAUAAUAAGUCAGAUUUAAAUCAGAAAUAGUCAGACUAAUCAUCAUCAGUUACAAUGUACCAAGCAAGUUCUUAAACAGGACAGAGCAGUAAUUAAUUUGCUUAAUCUAAUAACUCACUUAAUAGUUAAAAAUCAGGAAAAGGUAAUUAAUUUAGCGGGCUUGUUUAGAUUAAAGAAGAAUUAGACUCUGAUAAUUAAAUGAAGUAAAAUAUAUAAAAUAAAAAAUAAUAAGAAAAUAACCAGUUAUCUAACACAAAUCAUUAAAUUUACUACUAUAAAACAAACAAAUAAGAUAAUAAUGAAGAAACAAAAAAGAAAAGUAGAAAAUCAAAUUAAAGCUAUGAUUUAGCUGCUAGUUAUUAUAAUAGAAUACGCUAAUUUAAUGAGUCUUCGCAUGAGGAGAAAAUAGAAUUAUGUCUUAAAGGUAAUCACAAGCAAUGUUUAAUUAAUCCCAAAAGACUUUCUUUGAAUAGAACAGAUAAAAGUCUAGAUGGUUCAAAUAUUCAUGAAAGUCAUUGCAAUUCUUCAAAGUGUAAUUCCAACAGCUAAUUAGCUAGCUCCACUUAAUUAAAUAAUUCUUAAAAUGUUAAAACUUAGUUAUCUAAAUCAAAAGAAAGAAAUUCGAGUCAAGAAAAGUAAAACUUAGCCAAAAAACCACCUAAAAUUAUGUAAAACGACAACCAAUUAUAAUAAGAAAUCGAUAAUAGCAAUUCUUAAAAGGUCAACGAAGAAAAGCUUCUUUCUCUACUAUCUCCAUCUUAUAAAAAAGUUCAAUAGAUCUAGUAAUUAAUGAAAAUAGAGCAAGAAAGGCUCCAAAAAGAAAAAGAAAAAUUCACAGAAAUAUAGGAAAACAAAGGCAUUUUCACAUUCAGCAAUCAAAGAAAGUAAACUCAUAGCAAAGAAACUAAAGUAAGUCCUAAUAAGUAAGGUAAAAAUAGUUCCCCUAAUUCAUAGUUGUCUUCAGAUGUUAAUAGCCCAAUAAAAAAAAAGCAUUCUAGCAAGAAGUAAGAGCUUGAAUAAAACUUUUCCGAAACAAAAUCUGCUGAUUAGUAUCAUCAAUAAUAAAACAAUUUAAAUUAAGAGAGUGAAAACACUGAAGAAAAAUAGAAAAAAACUCCAUUUAAUUAACCUUUCAAAUAGAAACCAAUUGUAUAAGCUGCAUUUUAAGUAAAUCCUUAUUUUGUUGCUGACAAAUACUUAUCUGCUUAAGAAAUUUAAGCUUACUAAUAAGAUAUAUAAAAUAUUCACUCAGAUUUAUAAAACAAUGAAGUUUAAAACUAUGAGUAAGAUGAAUAAAAUUAUUAGCAAGGCAUGCAAAAUAGUCAUAUAGAGUUAUAGAAUUACUGCUAAUAAAAUGGCGAUUAUCAGGAACAUAGAUAAAUUUAUCAUCAAAAAGAUUUGCUAUGCUACAAUUAAGACAGAUAAGAUGAUGAUCAUAAGCAGAAUCCUAACUAGUAAUUUUAUAAAGAAGAGUAAUAAAAUAAUGAUGAAUUAAAUAAUUCUUAAAAUUAAUAAUUAUAAAAUUUUUCAUUAGCACCUCACCAUUUCAAUAAUUUCCAAUAAAAUGAAAAUACAUCCCAACAAAUUAAUGAUUAAAAUCCAACUAUUGAAUAAUAAAAUCAUGAAUAAGCUAAUUCAAAAUAAUUCUUUAAUUAAAAAUAAGAUGGCCUAGCAACUUAAUAACCAAAUAGCAAUUAUAAUAAGAAUUAUUAUCUUAAUUAACAAAUUAACUAACCGAAAAAAGGUAAAUUAAUAAACACAAUUUUUAUUGAUAUGUCUGAAGUAUCAGAAAACGGUUCUAAGAUACCUGUUUUCAAAGGUUGCUCCUUGACAACUACUAACAGUAGCUAUUAAAAUAAAUCAAAUUAAUUUUAAUUAUUAAACUCAAAAGAUGAUAGCGAUUAAUUUAUUAGCACAAAAAAAUUCUAAAAAGAAUAUCAAUAAAAAAAAGAAAUAUUUAUUGAUUAGAAUUAAGAUGAAAAUAACUUUUAAAUUUAAAAUAGUUAUUAAACACCUUCAAAUAAUUAAAAUAAUAUUUAUUAAAAUACAAAAAAUAUUAAUUUUAAUUAAAACCAAUAUUAUUAGAGUCCUGAUAAAAGCGAUACGAACUUAAAUUAAAUUGUUAUAUUUGAUACAUAAUUUUAAACUCAAGAAGAUUUGAAAUCUGCAUAAAAUUUGAAUUAAAAAAAUUGGAGCACAUUAUAGGGAAUGAAUAUGGUUACAGUUGAGAGUUAGAAUGGUGGAUAUGACAACAUUUAAAAAUUUUAGUUUUCGCCUUAAACUUUAUAAACUGAAUAGGGAAUCUAUGAAAACGUUUACAAUAAUAAUAGUAAUAAAAAAGUCCAUGAAAAAAAGGAAGAAAAUACUAAUAACGGCUUUGAUAAUGUUGUAUCUUUAGAAAAAUCUAAUAGCAAAAGCAAUCAAAGAUAUUCAUGUAAUUAAAAUCUAGAUGAGGAAUCGCCAGACAACUCUUAUUACUACUUACAAGAUUCUCCUUAGAUAAAAAACAAAUAAAUUAGACCUACUAUCGUGCCUUAACUAAAUCUUUAGAAAAGCUUUUAAAAUACCCUCACAACUCUAAAUUAAAAUACAUCUUUUAACAUUAGCUAAUCUCCAAGCUCUCACAAAAAUAUUUAACAAAAUUUCAAAUCCUAACUUUCUAAUUUAAAUUAAAAUUACAAAGAGAAAUAAUAAAUUCCUAAUUAAGUUAACAAUAACAACUAUUAAAAUCAAGAAAAUGAUGAAAAUAUAAAUUACAUUUAAUAACCUGAUUAUUAACAAACAUGUUCAAACAAGUAAAGCUUUAAAAGACAUGCUUCCCUUUCAAGUUUUAAUUAAUUCCAAAAUAAUAAUAAUAUUCAAUCUUUUUAAAUAAGCAAACAAUCAACUCCUGUAAAUAAUAAAAUUUAUCUACCUACUUAACCAAAUAGUUUAACUAACUCUUCAUUUUUAAAUGCUACAGCAAAUCAGAAAAAAUAAAACAAAAACUAGACUAGCAAUUCUAAUGUAAAAACAAUCCAAAGAAAUAAAUCCCUUGGAAGUAUUGUUGGCAAUGUUGGCUAUCAAAGUGAAGAAAUGGGUCAUGAAAUGUUUUUAACAAAAAAACUUAAAAAUUAGUUAAAUAGUCAUUUGCAAUUUUUAGAGAAUCGUAUCAAAUUAUUACAAAGAGAGGAAGAAUAAAUUAGAAAAAAAGCAAGUUCCUCAAAAAAAUAAGCAGAAAAUGCAAAGAAAAUAUACUAGCAAGUCCAAGAAGAACAUUAAAAUCAUCACACAAUUAUUGAAGCUCAAUAAAAAAAUUGGAUAGAAGCUAAAAAGAACUAUAUUUAGAAUGUCAAAAAAGAGCACAACAGCAAAAUUAAAAAAGUGAUGAGUUAGCAAUAAAGAGAAAAAUAAGAAAUGGCUCGUUCUAUAAAAUUUAACUCUCAUAUUAAUAAAUCAGUUGCAGAAGAUUUAAAAUAAAGUCAUUUGAUAAAAACAAGUGAAAAAAAGAAUUAGAUUAAGUAAUCAUAACUGAAAUGUUAAGAAUAAAGACAUCUUUAAUAAUUAUACAACCAAACUUCAUAAAUGCAGUAAUUCCUUUUGAAAAUAAAAGACGAAAAAGUAAAAAAAGAAGAAUUAGAGUAAAAGAUAUAAGCCCUUGAAUAAUUAGAAAUGUAAUUAGUUGAAAAAUUACAAUAAACCUAUGAAUCAAAUAAGCAUUACUUGAAAAAUUCAAACAUUUAAUCUUAAUUAUCAGUUCAUUAAUCUAAUUUUAUCGACCACUAAUAGUAAGCGAAAAGAGAAAGUUUGCAAUCAAACACAGAAGUUGUUAACACAAAUACAUCAUUUACUGUCUUCAAUUAGUAUUGA